GGCCUCGUGGAGGAGUGUGUACACGCCAGGCGGUGCCCUCGCGCGCGCGGUCGUGUGACUUGCAGGCACUGUGUGUGCCACGGCCACACCUCUUGGGGGGGGUCCUUUGUGUUUUGCGGCGGAACCACGCCCCCUUCUCCCACGGAUGACCCACUCCACCUGGCCCCGCUGAAGAAGCUCCUUUUUUACAUUCUUGCUCCCAGGGAGAGUUUUGCAGAACAGGUGUCAGGUGUGAAGUUGCUGGACUCGGGGAGAGGAGUGGGAGCGUGUGGAAUCCCGGACAAAGAUCUUUGCCGGAGGGUACUGGGAACUGAAGCUGGACGAGCCAGACUGCUGGCUUGUCCUGCUGCCAGAAGCCCUUCCAUUCUUGUCGGCACUCCGGGCUCCUCACUCUAGAUCCACCCUGUGUUAUUCUUGCGUAUUUCCUGCUCAGAAGCUUGUCUACUGGACUUUUUGAUAGUAGCUCUUGCCGUCGGUAUGACGGUGGGCUAGACUUUUGCCCUGUUUGCGCUUCAGUUACCACAUGUGUCAAGUCAGAAGAGGGAUGAACAGAAUGAUCGCCAAGUCCCUUGCCAGUGACAACAUUUUGUGACUCUGGGUGUAUCAAAUCAGGGCAUAAUAGAGAGUGGCUGUUGUCUCAAGACAGGGCACUUUGAAUCUAAGAUUGGAUUAUUCCUAGGUCAGUCACAUCUCACUGCUGACUCAUGGACCCCAAAGUCUGUCUUUUUCACGUGCAUUUUUAUGAUUGAUCUCUCCUGCCCUGUAUCUAUUGCACUAAAAAAAAAAAGUACGGAAGUUUGCAUUCAUCCCUGUUCUAUUCAGGUGUAAGAUAUGACCCAUUUUUCCAGCUUGUCAAGAGAUUUUUUGGGGACGAUUAAUCAGCCACCUCAUGCAUUAAUUACUCCUCGCAACUUCUUGUCACCUGUGAGUUUGAUCAGCAGGUCUUCUGUGUCCUCUUCUGAUAUUCCUGAAAGUACUGAUCAAUAAACAUACGUUGCACCACCCCAGACCUCCGUCCAAACUACCAUUUGCCCCAGUAAUAAGCAUUUGACCCUUCAGUUGCUUAAGCAGGUAUUAACUUCCUGCCAUCUGGUCAGCAUUUCUCACGAGAGUGUUUUGAAGGCCUUGGCAGCUGGAGCUGCUAAAGGCAGCCUUUGGUUUUGUGAAAGAAGCAGAGAGACGUGCCAUUCUUUUCAGUCACAUUUACUGAGGGUUGCCUGUGCCAUUCAUGCAGGUAAAUAAAUGGUCCAGAGCUUUACCCAGUGGAGUUUGUAGUCUAGAGAGAGGCGCACAGUAAAGCAGCUUAACACACUUUUAAUACAGAGGAGUUCGUAGGGGCACUGACAUGGCUGAACUAAUGGAGCUUUGGUGGAGGGCCACGCAUCAGAGGUUUCAAGGACUGGGUGAUAUAUGAGUAGGUCUUGCAGGAUAAGUGGGACACCCCCAAGGGAGGCUGAACGGGAAAUGUGUUUCAGAAUUCCAAGAACACAGCAAACACCAAACUGCAGAGGAGGUGGCAACUGGGCAUUUGGGAAUGGUGGCUGGGUUUGCUGAAGCUGUCUCCAUCACACUGGGCUCUGCCUGUGACCAGGACUGCACAAGCUUAGCUGUGUCUGCAGGUUUUUCUGAGCAAGACUGAGUGCCCCCUUGUGUUCUGUAGGGGAGGCACACGGUCCAAGGUCCUUUUACUCUCAGAGGAUGGGCAGAUCCUGGCAGAAGCGGAUGGACUCAGCACAAACCACUGGCUGAUCGGGACAGACAAGUGUGUGGAGAGGAUCAACGAGAUGGUGAACAGGGCCAAACGGAAAGCAGGGGUGGAUCCUCUGGUACCUCUACGAAGCUUGGGCCUAUCCCUGAGCGGUGGGGAUCAGGAGGACGCGGUGAGGAUCCUGAUGGAGGAGCUGAGGGACCGAUUUCCUUACCUGAGUGAAAGCUACUUAAUCACCACCGACGCCGCCGGCUCCAUCGCCACAGCCACGCCGGAUGGUGGGAUCGUGCUCAUCUCAGGGACAGGCUCCAACUGCAGGCUCAUCAAUCCCGACGGCUCAGAGAGCGGCUGCGGCGGCUGGGGCCACAUGAUGGGAGACGAGGGCUCAGCCUACUGGAUUGCACACCAAGCAGUGAAAAUAGUGUUUGACUCCAUCGACAACCUAGAGGCGGCUCCGCAUGACAUUGGUUAUGUCAAACAGGCCAUGUUCAACUACUUCCAGGUGCCAGAUCGGCUAGGAAUUCUCACCCACCUGUACAGAGACUUUGAUAAAUGCAGGUUUGCUGGGUUUUGCCGGAAAGUUGCAGAAGGUGCUCAGCAGGGAGACCCCCUCUCCCGGUAUAUCUUCAGGAAGGCUGGGGAGAUGCUGGGCAGACACGUGGUGGCAGUGUUGCCUGAGAUUGACCCGGUCUUGUUCCAGGGUGAGAUUGGCCUCCCCAUCCUGUGUGUGGGCUCUGUGUGGAAGAGCUGGGAGCUGCUGAAGGAAGGUUUCCUUUUGGCGCUGACCCAGGGCAGAGAGAUCCAGGCUCAGAACUCCUUCUCCAGCUUCACCCUGAUGAAGCUGCGGCACUCCUCCGCCCUGGGCGGGGCCAGCCUGGGGGCCAGGCACAUCGGGCACCUGCUCCCCAUGGACUACAGCGUCAAUGCCAUUGCCUUCUACUCCUACACCUUCUCCUAGGGGGCUGGCCCUGGCUCCACCCCCUCCAAGCCCAGUGGACAUUGGGUGCUGGAAGGGAAGGGAGGAGGCUCUUUCUUUUUUUCCUUUUUAAAAAAAAAAAAAACACACAUAUAGAAGAAAAUAAACGCACUUUACCCACUCCCCAA